AUCUGAUAAUCAAACAUACCUGAAAAUCCGAGAAGACCGACUCUCUCAGGAGUUUGUUUGGGUUGGUUGGCAGGUCGUAGAGUCACUGUGGAUCACUCUUCUGGGGAAAUGAGAUGAUGGAUUUUGUGCCUUAUGCAAAUGGAAGUGAUGGAAGUUCUUCCUCAUUGUCUUCCUCUAAUUUAUCACCUUUAGCUCCGCCUUUCUUUGCAGUAGAUUGGUCUGUUCAGAACCCCUUAUCAUUCAAACUUGCAGGUUACGGUGUACCCCCUUUUAAUCCAUCUUUGAAUUCAUCUCGGCGCAACUGGAUGAGUUCUCGGGUUUCCAAUCCCUUUCCUGAAUUUGAUACUGUUCCCCCGAAUAGCUAUAGAUACUCGGCUGCUCAUCGGACUCCGCCACCUCAUGCUCCUCCUAUGAGCCCAUAUGUGUCGGCUUCAACAGAUGUUUUCUCUUAUGGCACUCAACGUUCCAAUGCCAUGGCUAGUGAUUUUACAGAUGCCAAACCCUACUAUCCAUCAUAUGUCCCAACUACCUUCCCUGGAUUUUAUGAUGCAUUGUCUCCUCCAAAUAUCCCUUUUUUCAAGGGGUUAUCCAACAAUGACUCUACUCCAAGCUUCGCCACUUUGCCUCAUACAGGUAGUUGGAGUGGCAUCUGGAAUGGAUUGCCAGGUCUGGAGCAGGGGCAGGGACUGAAACUUGCUGGGAGUUCUGGAUCCAGGGAGGUCAAUCCUGCUGCUACAUCUGUUUACAAGGACCAUUUGGACUUAGGGGCUUAUGCAUCCAAUGGCCUAAACAACUAUGGAGAAACUUCUCACGGUGGCCAUCUUAGUGAAAACCCUAUCGAGUGUGCUAUUCCUGGACAUCAAGAUUUUAAGUCUGUCCCAGAGAAAAGGACUGGGUUGAUGGCUUUUGAUUAUUUGAAAACCCCAAUUUCAGGAUCUGCUUCAGUACUUCCUGAAAGCUGUCCAUUGGAACCAUCUCUAAAACAAAUUGAUUCCAGGGUCAAUCAAGUCACAUACAGUGGUUCAUAUGAGAAAGGUAUGAAACAUCCGGGCAAUAAUCCAAACAAUAGCAUCCUGUCAAUGAAGUUUGCCCCUGGGCUGGUGCCGCCAGGUAGUGCCACCUGUUCCUCAGAACCAAUAGAAAAGAUAAGUUCGGUUAAAAAUGGAAAUGGCGGCAGUGACAAAGUUUAUAUGAAUUUUGCUUGUGAUCAACAUAAUUGGAAGGAAUCUUUUAGUUCUCCAAGCUUUGAGGAAAAAUAUUUUUUUCCUUCAAGCCAGCAUUGCAUUCAAUUGGAAGGAACUGAUCGCAUCUUUGCCAAAAGUCCCUCAACAGACAAUGACCUGCAAGAAAGAAGCAUUUGCAAGGAUGCAUUGGAUCAUUUCUUUGGAGAAACAUCUGGCUUUCAAGAUUCUAAUAUUUGUACUGAUGAGUUGGCUUGGGCACUUGAUGAUGAUAAAACCAUCAAUCGAGAUGAAAAUCCUUCCAAACAUUUAGAUCAUUAUAUCCCUCAUUUGGAUUCACCGUGCUGGAAAGGAGCUCCUGUUCCUCACUAUAGAUCACUUGACGUUCUUGAACUUUCUACUUUACAGCUUACAAAAAAGCUAGAAGGUUCCAACAGCUACAAUCACCAAGGUCCCCCAUUUUGUCCUCUUAAUAUUGAUGAUGCUGCAAAAACCUCCUCACUGAAUCCAAGUGAAGAUUCUGUUGCCCAUAAAAGUAAGUGUCUGUACAACAGUUUAGCAUCUCCUUCAAAUAGACCUUCGACUUCUAGUUUUUCAUCUAGAGAACAUGGACCGAAUGAUGCUAUGAAAGUGGGAUCCAACCAGGCAGAACCAAGCUCUAUUUUUGUGACUCAAUCUUCUGAUGAUGUUGAACUGAGUAAAUGUGAUACCCUACCCAACAAGUCAUUCAAUGAAGAUAAUUUGCAGCCUUCUUGGAUAUUCCAAGAGAAUUCAGAAGAAGGUAAAUUGUGGCGUUAA